AUGGCGGAGCUCGCACUCGGAGUAGUUGGCGUUGUCCCUUUGGUCGGCGGCGCAAUCAAAGCCUACAAGGAAGUCAAACGCAGACUCAAACUCUUUCGCUACAGCUCGAGAGAAGUCAAAAAUGUACUCAAAUUGGUCAAGAUCCAGCGCCAGAUCUUUUCGAACGAGUGUUGCUUGUGGCUCAGGUUUGCUCUAGAAGAGGACGAUAUCAUUUCCGAGAUGGCAUCUGACCCAGGCCAUGACGGCUGGAAGGACCCUAGCCUCGAUGAAUCCCUUCGAUCUAGACUGAAAGAGAACUACAGUGUUUGGGUCGAUAUCAUUGCAGGAAUCUCAGUAACGAUCAAUAAUCUUGAGACCGAUCUCACAAGUUUCGAAGAAUCAAGCGAUACGAAGAAUUCGAAUAGGAAGCUCAAAAGAUCUCUCAAACGAACCAAAGACGGUGUCAAGAUCGCCGUCAAAGCAAGCGAUUUCGAAAGUACCAUUGGCAAACUUCGAGUAUGCAACAACGAUCUGAAAAGAUUACGAGAGCAAAUUGGAGAGAUUUUCAGACAGAGUUCGCACUGUUUGAUACCGUCUAGAGCUUCAAAAAGAGGAGACUGGGCUGGCCUGAUUAGAAUAAGGCGGGCAUCGAAUGCUCUUCAUGAGGCCCUAGUCCGGGCGUGGAACUGUGGGCAGCCCGGUCAUGCGGGACAUGUGGUGAAGUUGUUCGUGGAAGCCAGCAAAUUGGAUGGCGAAGUUCGCAUGAAUCUAGCCAUCGUCUGUCGCAACCGCUCCAUGGAUCUGCUCCACUCGACUCUCGUUGAGCUAGAAGUACGGUCGCGGAACUUGGAAUGGAUGGAGGAGCGCAAGCUCUAUAGACAGCUUCCUCCACCUGACGAUGAAGGAGUUGCUCCUCAGAAGCGGCUCAAGGUCGUUAGGUUUUCAGAGACUACACUCCAAAGACGCAUCCAGAACCGGGAAGGAAAUGCGACAAUGACAUGCGAGCGGGGUACAACUGGCGGAUCCUGCGACCUUGGAUCAUCUAAAGAUAUCUGUAGGGAGCUGACGCAGCAACUCACCGCGAGUUGUUUGGGUCAUAUUGACGUUCAGUCAGACGAGGGGUUUCGCCACUCAUUCUAUCCGGCCAAAGAUGGCUUCUGCAGCGGAGCAACACGAUCUUCAUCUCUGAGCAAUGAUGCUGUCAGGAUGGACGAAGUUCUUGAUGACGCUUCGCGAAAUUCCUUUUCAACGGUUGAUCGGCUAAAGCUCGCGCGUUCUUUGGUUUCAGUCGUGCUCAAAUUUCACUCCACACCGUGGCUCGGCGACUUCUGGAGAUUACGAGACCUGGGUUUCUUCCAAGCAAGCAAGGACGAGGAGGUUUCGAAAGCCCUCAGAACAUUACAUUUGGGCGUGGAAGUCUUCCAGAGACAGCUUGGCUCCAUGGAAGGGGUCCAAACUUCGGCAGAAUGUUCUGAUAAAGUCUCAGAAGACGAUAGGCUGUUCUGCGGCAUCGGCAACUUGACACUGCACAGCCUUGGGGUAGUAUUGCUACAAAUAGACCGAUGGGCUAGAGUCGAGCCUGGCGAUAUUCUCAAAGUUCGAAAAAUGGCCUUGAGACCAUCCUCAUUGGGUCCUCGAUAUCAGGAGAUUACACAGAAAUGUCUCCGGUGUGACUUUGGAUAUGGGUCUGACCUCAUGAAGCCACGUCUCCAGGAGGCAGUCUACGAGAAUUUGGUUGGUGGCAACUCUCCUAUCAACCCUCCCUUUACGGCACCGGACGUAAGGCCAGGAAAGCGUCAAAUAGAAACAACCGUGACACGCCGCGAUGGAAAUCUUGAUGCCCUCAGAGACACUUAUCUCUCCCUAAUUGAGCCCUACACCGGCGAAGCCAAGCCAUCAGUCGGCACGUACAUGAUCCUGCUACAUCUCGCCGACAUUCUUGCAGGCAAGGGCAUUGUGGUCGACACCAUCGUGCUUGGCGAAGCUACAACCGUCUUUGGCCCUUCUACAAAACGACAGAUCUUUGAAAUUGGCGGCUGCAAGGACUCUGAUGUCAUUGGUCUCCGCGCAACUUUGACGAGUCUGCUUCUCAUUUACGGGAACAAGCCUCCUUUCGAGAUCUGGAACUUGGAGCAAGCCAUCAUCGCAGCCCUCAAAGCAUGUGAUCAAGACAUCGGUGUCGGUCCCAUCAUCCCCGACCAACCAAUUCCUGGUGGUCCGCUUAUCCCCGACAAGCCGGUGCCCGAUGGCCCGGUCAUUCCAGACCAGCCGGUCCCGGGUGGGCCCAUCGUCACUCAAUCUCCGGCCCCCGGAGGUCCGAUCACCCCCAGCGACUAG